AUGGAUGGUCCUACAUCACCGGAUGGUCACUCACCAGGUGGUGGUGGUGGCCAACGAUUCGACAGCGUUGGCAAGAUGGAGAUGAUGCGUCAACAGUAUGAGUCACAGAUAGAGUCGUUGAUGAAUCAGGUGCAUUCGGCAUUUGAGCGUGAGCAGAAACAUCGACUCUACACCAAGUCCAUCGAGGAGGCCUACACACAUUUGGAGACUGAGAACAUGAAACUAAAGAAGGAUAUAUUCGAGACGAACAAGGUGGUCAGUGAGAUCAUGCAGAAGACCUCUGCCAUUGGAGUCUCUUCACAUCUUCCACCACUUACCAAUGGCAUUCAUCCAAUGGGAUCGUCCAAGCUCUCAUCAUCACCACUCUCCAUCUCUCAAUCAAUACCACCUCCACCUGCGAGUCUCAUAUCAAGUGUGUUGACAACACCGCCAACAACAAAGAAGACCAAGAAUGGAGAUGAGGCAUUGGUAGCAGAGGCCUUGGGCUCAAUUGUUGAGUUGUCUGGAUCAUCAUCAUCAAAGGUGGACGCCAGGAAGCCAAUGCUAAAGAGGUCAAACAGCGAGGACUCAUUCAGGAACAGUCCCAAGGUACAACCAUCAUCCCUGAACUUCUUAUUGAUGCGACAGUCCACAGAGCCAGGCAGUAACUCAUUGCUGCCUCCUGAUUGGUCCAUCAGGAUGGAGUCAGACACAUCAUCAUUAUCAUCAUCAUCAGAGACCAAGACCAAGCGAAGGAGGUCCGAGUCCAAGAAGAACGAGUCCUCCAGCAACAGUAGCAACUCUGCUCUCACACCCAGCAUCUUUAUCACCAACAACUGUCACAGUCCAGCGGUCAAGCUGGAGCAACAACAACAACAACAACAACAGAAUCCAUUUGAGGGCAGCAUUGGCAGCAGCUCAGAGUUGAGCUCGCCCAUCUCCCAUCUUCACACAUCAUUCAUAUCAGCGGCGGCACCACCAAAGAAGGGCAAGAGGAGCAGUAGCACUGGCCAAUUCCCUUCAUCGAUGCAGAGCAUUGGAAUGAUACCCGAGCUGGACAAUGACGUGGACAGCGCCGACGAGUUUGACUUUAACCGUGUGGCUGGCAGCAGUGGCGGCCUGAGUCGCAGUGGCGGAGACGCGGGAUCACCCGACAGCAGUGCUCAAUCUCGAUCAUCCUCCUCACCAAUCGACACGCCAAUGUCUGACAACUUCAGUCUAUUCCGAUCGAUUGCCUCGAGCAGCCACAACACGCCACACGAACAACUACUCAACGAUAUCCACCACCUUCAACACGGCAAGAAGGAGUGUUUGGAGAAGAUGCACGUCACGCAGAAGCAGCUACUCACCUCGGAUGGCGCGUCCAGCCACGAUGACAUUGUGAUGACACUGCAGAGUGAGCAGAGGAAGCUGGCCGCCCAGAUUGAGUCUGAGAUCCAUGCCCUCAACCAACUCUCCUGUCAAACCAUCCUCGAGUCCAACCAGCUGUGCAAGCUGGACCUGCUGCUGCACGACCUCAACAUCCAACAGAAGCAGUUGCAGCUCUACCAACACGAGCUAACCUAUGGCUCAUCGCCCGACGCUGUGCCCGUUGCAUUGGUCAUCACCAAGCAACCAUUCCCAAUGGUGAUCAGCAAGUUCAAGCAACUGCAAGAGGACCAUCUCUCUGUGCGCCUACUCACUGGCACCAAUGUUGAGCUGAUCUCACACUCCCCGGUUCGCGCCGAGAUGAUCUUCCAUCCCAAGGCACUGGCCAAGGGAGGCGCUAGUCCACCCAUCAUUGGCAGCACCUCUGGCAAUGGACAGAAGAAGCAGAUGGAGAAGGACACACAGACACUGGAUCCCAUCAAGCACACUGCCAAGUUCCCUAUCAAGUUCCUCACUGGCACUAGGAAGGGAUGCGUCAAGCUUCAAUUCCUCAUGCAAGUCAAGACCUCUGAUGGCACCAUCGUCAACGUGCCCAGCGCCACCUCUCAGCCAUUCAUCGUUAUCACCAACGAUUGUCAAUGGGAGGGCAGUGAAGGUACCCUACUGAAGAAGGAGUCCUUCAACGACAAGUUCGAAAUAGCAUGGCCACACUUUGUAAAUAUACUCCAGAAGCACUUCUUGAAGGCCACCAAGCAGAGCCCAAUCCAGCCAACAAGACAGCUGUCAUUGUAUGACUUUAGCUACUUGAACGCCACAUUCUUUGGCAACCGCGCAUUCGUCAGCCACAAGGACUUUGACCAGUUUUGGACUUGGUUUGGCAAGUCACUCCAGACACUGCGCUACAAGCGACACAUCUCAACACUGUGGCAGAACGGCCUGAUUUUUAUGUUCCUAAGGCGUGAGAACGUAGGCUCUGUACUCAAGGGCCAGGAGGCUGGCACCUUUGUCAUCCUAUUCUCCGAGACCUUCCCAGGCCAACUGGAGAUCUCCUACGUCAGCAAUGAGAGGGGACCAGGUGAGCAAGGUCCACCUGAGCUCAAGAUCAAGCACUACCUCGUCCAACCCAACGACACCUCUGGCAGCAAGAGAACCCUACCAGAUUUCCUCAACGAAUGUCCACAGUUCUCACAUAUCUUACAACUCAAUGUAUCAGCAUUGUCACAGUGCACUGAGCACUCAGUACCACCAUUUAGACGAGAGAAUAAGAAUAGCAUACUGGAACCAUACUAUAGCAAGCGACAAAACUCACAGAACAUCCUUGGAAGUGGCUAUGAGCCAUUAUUAUCCUAA